AUGCUACGAACAGUAAACAAAUCCCCAAUUGGGCUACAUGUCCGCAAUUACUUGCGCGUGACUCUACCCAGAAGACUCAAACAUUCUGUGAUUGGCAUUGACCUUGGAACCACAAACUCGGCCGUCGCUAUUGUAGAAGGUAAAGUCCCCAAGAUUCUAGAAAACGAAGAAGGCGGGAGAACAACCCCGUCCGUUGUAGCAUACACAAAAGAUGGCAAGAAGCUUGUGGGAGAAGCUGCUAAAAGACAGGCUUUGGUCAAUCCGGAAAACACCUUCUUUGCUACCAAGAGAUUCAUUGGGCGCCAAUUCGCCGAUCCAAGACUCCAGAACUCCUUGAGCAAUAUUCCCUAUAAGGUUGUCGCAAACGGAAACGGCGACGCAUGUGUAGCUACCGAUACCGGUAAAGUAAUGUCGCCCAUAGAGGUAGCUAGUGAUAUAUUAGUUAAGAUGAAGUCAAUUGCCGAUACACACACCGCCACCCCUACCAAACAUGCUGUGGUGACAGUUCCAGCUUACUUUGACGAUCUGCAAAGACAGGCCACCAAAUUGGCGGGAGAGCUUGCGGGACUUGAGGUGUUGCGUGUUUUAAAUGAACCCACAGCGGCUGCUCUAGCAUAUGGCAUUGACAAGAAGCAGAACGAUGGAAUUGUGGCAGUGUACGAUUUUGGAGGCGGAACUUUCGAUAUCUCCAUCCUCGACAUCGAGGACCAUGUGUUUGAAGUAAGAGCCACGAACGGUGAUACACACCUUGGAGGCGAGGAUUUCGAUAACGCCCUCACCGAACAUAUACUUAAAGACUUUUUAUCCAAGAAUGGCCCUGUUGAAUUGUCUCUUCUGGCAAUGCAACGUAUCAAAGAAGCAGCUGAGAAGUGCAAGAUUGAAUUAUCGCACAAGAAAGAGGCCUGCGUCACCAUUCCCUUUGUCACAAAAGAUAAACACAUUGAAAUGACAGUGACAGAAGAAGAACUUGAUACCAUGACUGCAGACUUGAUCAAUGCAACUAUCAAUCCUGUUCAAAGAUGUCUUAGAGACGCUGAGCUCAAACCCUCUGAAGUGGACGAGGUCAUUAUGGUUGGUGGUAUGACCAGAAUGCCUAAAAUAAGAUCAGUCGUUGAAGAGUUGUUCCGUAAGAAACCCAAUACAGAGGUUAAUCCAGACGAGGCUGUCGCUCUUGGUGCUGCGAUCCAAGCCGCCGUCUUGUCUGGUCAGCUAAAGGAUGUUGUCUUGUUAGAUGUGGCACCUUUGACUCUUGGAAUUGAGACUUAUGGUGGGUUGUUCAGUCCAUUGAUUCCCAGAAACACAGCUAUUCCAGUUAAGAAGGAGCAAAAUUUCUCGACUGCGGUCGAUGGCCAGACUGGUGUUGAUAUUAGUGUUUACCAGGGUGAACGUCCAAUGGUACAAGAUAACAAACUCAUCGGUAAAUUCAAACUUGCCAACAUUCCUCCAGGACCCAAGGGUACCCCUGUAAUCACAGUAUCAUUUGAUAUUAAUGUUGAUGGUAUUUUAAAAGUCUCUGCCUAUGAUAAAACACCAUACCCAGUCGACCUGCCUCACCACGGAAAACCACAACAAGUUUCGAUUGAGGUAGCUGCGCAAACUGGAUUCUCUGAAGCUGAGAUCAGCGAAAUUCUUGCCCAAAAAGAGGCUAAUGCUAAGAGAGACGAGGAAUUCAAGAACUACGUUGCACAUGCGAACAGAGUGGAUAUUCUUUGCAUGGACGCAGAAAAUGCAGUUCUACAAUUCGGCAAACUAAUGGAAGAAGAAGAAAAAGCUGCUGUGAACUCCAAAAUUGCCGCACUUCGAAAAAAAGUGCAGGAAAUUAGAGGCCACAAGACAUUACAUGAUAUUAACCUAUUGAAUGAAGAGGUCAACGAUUUACAAACAGUUUGCAUGAAAGCCAUUCAGGGCGUUGCAGCCAAGCAACAGAAAGAAGGCAGCACAUAG